GUUAAAUAUAUAAAGAGGGACCUUUGUGAAUAGUAGCUGAAGACGUCUCUGGAGUCGCUCGAUGCCUCGACAGUCGUUUGCUGAAAUUUAAAUCACAAGGACUUCUCCGCGAAUAAUAUAAAUCAUGAACGGGGGAAAAUUGAUUUUCCUGAGUUUAUCGCUCGUCGUUUUGCUGCAGACGAAUCGACUUGUAUCUUCGAGUGAUUCAACUAACGAUGCUCUGUCCACAUUCAGGAAGCUUCUGCUCCCACAACCGUUGACAUCUAAUACUAAUACUAAUAAAAUCGCAGAACUAUUCAACUAUCGCCCGGUGUCUGAGGCGAAAACGUAUAAUGUCUUGCCAUCUCUUCUUUUACCAUCUAAUACUCCUACCAGUAAUCCAACUACUGGUAAUCCGACAAACAGUGCAAGUACAAAUCACGUUUGAAAGCAGCGACGUGUAAAGUACGGUGUUAUUAAAAUUUAAGUUAUCGAUAGUUGAAGCAUCACUAAAUUAUAGUGGCGAAUAUACAUGUAUCAUAAUUAUAUUGAAUUUUAUUCAUCAAUAUACUUAUAAAUAGAUUUGUAGAAUAAUUUUUGCUUUCACGAAAUGUUUGAAGAUGUAAAAAUUUGCAGGAUACAUAUUAUGUGAUAAAGUAUAA